ACAUGAAGCAAGGAAUGAAGAUGAAUCAAGGGAGGAAGAUGAAGCAAGGGAGGAAGAUGAAGCAAGGGAGGAAGAUGAAGCAAGGGAGGAAGAUGAAGCAAGGUAUGAAGAUGAAUCAAGGGAGGAAGAUGAAGCAAGGGAGGAAGAUGAAGCAAGGGAGGAAGAUGAAGCAAGGGAGGAACAUGAAGCAAGGGAGGAAGAUGAAGCAAGGUAUGAAGAUGAAGCAAGGGAGGAAGAUGAAGCAAGGUAUGAAGAUGAAGCAAGGGAGGAAGAUGAAGCAAGGGAGGAAGAUGAAGCAAGGGAGGAAGAUGAAUCAAUGGGUGAAGAUGAAGCAAAGGAGGAAGAUGAAGCAAGGUAUGAAGAUGAAGCAAGAGAGGAAGAUGAAGCAAGGGAGGAAGAUGAAGCAAGGGAGGAAGAUGAAUCAAGGGAGGAAGAUGAAUCAAUGGGUGAAGAUGAAGCAAGGUAUGAAGAUGAAGCAAGGUAUGAAGAUGAAGCAAGGGAGGAAGAUGAAGCAAGGGAGGAACAUGAAGCAAGGGAGGAACAUGAAGCAAGGUAUGAAGAUGAAGCAAGGUAUGAAGAUGAAUCAAGGGAGGAAGAUGAAGCAAGGGAGGAACAUGAAGCAAGGGAUGAAGAUGAAUCAAGGGAGGAAGAUGAAUCAAUGGGUGAAGAUGAAGCAAGGUAUGAAGAUGAAGCAAGGGAUGAAGAUGAAGCAAGGUAUGAAGAUGAAGCAAGGGAGGAAGAUGAAGCAAGGUAUGAAGAUGAAGCAAGGUAUGAAGAUGAAGCAAGGGAGGAAGAUGAAGCAAGGUAUGAAGAUGAAGCAAGGUAUGAAGAUGAAGCAAGGGAGGAAGAUGAAGCAAGGAAGGAAGAUGAAGCAAGGUAUGAAGAUGAAGCAAGGUAUGAAGAUGAAGCAAGGUAUGAAGAUGAAGCAAGGGAGGAAGAUGAAGCAAGGGAGGAAAAUGAAGCAAGGGAGGAAGAGGAAUCAAUGGGUGAAGAUGAAGCAAGGUAUGAAGAUGAAGCAAGGUAUGAAGAUGAAGCAAGGUAUGAAGAUGAAGCAAGGUAUGAAGAUGAAGCAAGGGAGGAAGAUGAAGCAAGGUAUGAAGAUGAAGCAAGGGAGGAAAAUGAAGCAAGGUAUGAAGAUGAAGCAAGGUAUGAAGAUGAAGCAAGGGAGGAAGAUGAAGCAAGGGAGGAAGAUGAAGCAAGGUAUGAAGAUGAAGCAAGGUAUGAAGAUGAAGCAAGGGAGGAAAAUGAAGCAAGGGAGGAAGAGGAAUCAAUGGGUGAAGAUGAAGCAAGGUAUGAAGAUGAAGCAAGGGAGGAAGAUGAAGCAAGGUAUGAAGAUGAAGCAAGGUAUGAAGAUGAAGCAAGGGAGGAAGAUGAAGCAAGGUAUGAAGAUGAAGAAAGGGAUGAAGAUAAAGCAAGGUAUGAAGAUGAAGCAAGGUAAGAAAAUGAAGCAAGGGAGGAAGAUGAAGCAAGGGAGGAAGAUGAAGCAAGGGAGGAAGAUGAAGCAAGGUAUGAAGAUUAAUCAAUGGGUGAAGAUGAAGCAAGGUAUGAAGAUGAAGCAAGGGAGGAAAAUGAAGCAAGGGAGGAAGAGGAAUCAAUGGGUGAAGAUGAAGCAAGGUAUGAAGAUGAAGCAAGGGAGGAAGAUGAAGCAAGGUAUGAAGAUGAAGCAAGGUAUGAAGAUGAAGCAAGGGAGGAAGAUGAAGCAAGGUAUGAAGAUGAAGAAAGGGAUGAAGAUAAAGCAAGGUAUGAAGAUGAAGCAAGGUAAGAAAAUGAAGCAAGGGAGGAAGAUGAAGCAAGGGAGGAAGAUGAAGCAAGGUAUGAAGAUGAAGCAAGGUAUGAAGAUGAAGCAAGGGAUGAAGAUGAAGCAAGGUAUGAAGAUGAAGCAAGGGAUGAAGAUGAAGCAAGGGAGGAAGAUGAAGCAAGGUAUGAAGAUGAAUCAAGGGAGGAAGAUGAAGCAAGGUAUGAAGAUGAAUCAAGGGAGGAAGAUGAAGCAAGGUAUGAAGAUGAAGCAAGGUAUGAAGAUGAAGCAAGGUAUGAAGAUGAAGCAAGGUAUGAAGAUGAAUCAAGGGAGGAAGAUGAAGCAAGGGAGGAAGAUGAAGCAAGGUAUGAAGAUGAAGCAAGGGAGGAAGAUGAAGCAAGGUAUGAAGAUGAAGCAAGGGAGGAAGAUGAAGCAAGGGAUGAAGAUGAAGCAAGGGAGGAAGAUGAAUCAAGGGAGGAAGAUGAAUCAAGGGAGGAAGAUGAAUCAAGGGAUGAAGAUGAAUCAAGGGAGGAAGAUGAAUCAAGGGAUGAAGAUGAAUCAAGGGAGGAAGAUGAAUCAAUGGAGGAAGAUGAAGCAAGGGAGGAAGAUGAAGCAAGGGAUGAAGAUGAAUCAAGGGAUGAAGAUGAAGGAAGGGAUGAAGAUGAAUCAAGGGAUGAAGAUGAAUCAAGGGAAGAAGAUGAAUCAAUGGAGGAAGAUGAAUCAAUCGGUGAAAAUGAAGCAAGGGAGGAAGAUGAAACAUGGUAUGAAGAUGAAGCAAGGGAUGAAGAUGAAUCAAGGGAGGAAGAUGAAUCAAGGGAGGAAGAUGAAUCAAUCGGUGAAGAUGAAUCAAGGGAUGAAGAUGAAGCAAGGGAGGAAGAUGAAUCAAUCGGUGAAGAUGAAGCAAGGGAGGAAGAUGAAGGUUCUGAUGGUGACAGUACCAGCGAGACUGAGGAGGAAGAGGAAGCUUGUUGCAGUAGAAAGCUGGUGCCAAAUCAAAGUUUUAUUUUGGACUCAACGGAAAGACGUGUAGACGUGCAUGUAAUGGUGAUUGGGGAACCGGAAAGGAAGACCUCCACUAAGAUGAAAGCCGUUGUCGCUGAUAAAACGUCUGCGGUGAACCUUUGGAUUUACGAUGACAGUCUUUUCAAACAUUUUAGUGAUCAGGCCAGUGUUAU